AUGGAUUCCAGUUGCAUUGUUGCUUCUAUUGGUUGUGCUUUACAUGAUCUGGACUUUAUGCUGAACAAAUUGUCUCAUUCAGGUCGCAUAACUAGAGAACAUGUGAAUUUCAUAUUUUACUUAAAUGGUCUGAAAAUAUUCGUUCUUAUUUCCGCAAGAAAUUUGAACAACCAGCUAGAUGACACAAAUCUGCCAUCUGUGUUGUUAAGGAUUGAAGACACUGUACACAAGCUUUCGGAGCAAUUUCAUCCUGAGGGUGAACUUAUUGAAUUAGAUGUUUCUGUGGCUGAUGAGCUUCUGCGUGAUAUAGAAUCCAUACAUGAUGAAACAGAUGAAUGGUACUUCACUAUGAGGGAUUUGGUGUUGUUACAGUUUGGUGAUUCUCUUUUUACCAUUGAUGACAUCUCCAAAAUCAUCACUUCCAUUUUGGAUGUUUUAAGGGAAUAUCGUAACGAAGAGGAAAUCCAUGACAUUUUAGGCAUGGAAGCUUUGGUUGAUCAGGUGAAACUCUUGCAGACCCUCAUCUGCUUUGUUGAAAAACCCACACAACAACUGUUGGCUCAUGCUAACAAUGUUGCGAUCCGUACACAUCUCCAUUUUAUGUGUCCUCGAGCACUUCACGGACUGGUUGAAGAAUCUCUUGAUGAAGAAAGGCUUGAUGAGUUGCUGUUUACAUGGGUGCAAACGAUCAAGCCAAUUAACCCACAGGUAUCUGAGAUUUACACUGAAGCACUACGCAGUUCAAUGUUGUCAAGACAGUCCCCUGCUCUCGCUGAUCAACACAUUGAUGACGGCGCCUUCAUUGCAACCAAGAAUUUCCUUGAUUGCCUCAUUGAUCAUCUUUGGGAACUCCUACGGCUUAAUAAUACUGAUUGUUUGAUUUCUGUGAAGGAUCAGAUGCAGGAGCUUUACCGCAAAUUUAGAUCCUUGCGGACCAUUCUCAAGCAGCUGCUGCCUGACAGCAUUAAGGCAGACAUUGUGUCGUUGUUACAUGAUGCCGGUGUCUUAAUUUUCUCACUGUACCACCCACAUACAGAAGUAGAUCUUGAAUGUUUUCAUGAUCUGCUGAAAACAUUCAAGACUACUCUGCUACAACUUGGAGAGGAGGAUCCGCCAGUGGAGUGUCUCAUAGACCACUUACUGGUUUCUGAUCUUCCAAUUUCUUCUUCAACUUUAGUUGAUGCAAUCAUGGAAGACAUCAGAGAUAUCAAGCCCAAAAUCAAAGUUACGAUACCGGGAAUUGAAGGCAAAAGACAACAAAAGAGACCGAAAGUAGCAACCAUGACUUAUAAUCGCCUGCCAUCACGAACGACAAAAAAUGAGGUUGUAGGUUUCGCUGAUGCUGCAAAACUAAUCAAGGAUCGACUGACGAAUAGACUGAAGAAACUGAAAGUCAUUGCCAUUGUGGGUAUGCCCGGAGUAGGUAAGACUACUUUAGCAACAAAAGUUUACAAUGAUAUUUCUAUUUGUUAUCACUUUCAAGUCCGUGCAUGGUGUCCUAUCUCGCAAGAACUGGACAAAAAGAGAGUCUUGUUUCAACUUUUGAAACAGGUUGAUCCGAACUGCGGAUGCUCCGAGCUCAAUGAACAAGACUUAGUACAAAGGCUCUGGCGCAGUUUGAAAGGGAAAAGAUAUCUCAUAUUGUUAGAUGAUAUAUGGGACAUUGAAGCAUGGAAUAGCUUGGCACCAGCGUUCCCUCCUGAUAACUAUGGAAGUAGAAUCAUUUUGACGAGUCGUCAUCAGGGCAUUGCUCCUAAACACAUGCUCGACCAAGAACCUCAUUUUCUUCAGCCACUCAAUGAAAAGGAGAGUUUGGAAUUAUUCCAGAAGAAGUUAUUGCCAGGAAAUGGUGGUUUUUUGGAUCCUGCAUUACAUGAUUUGGUGCUGCAAUUUGUAGCAUACUGUAAGGGUUUACCGCUGACCAUCAUCCUCGUAGCUGGAAUUGUGGGAACAACUAAGCCAGAAGAUUGGGUGAAAAUUUUGAAAGAUUUAAGCUCAGGAGAUGCAUCCGUUACAGAGCACUGUAUGCAAUCAUUGGAACUCAGCUACAAACAUUUACCCGAUCACUUAAAACCAUGCCUGCUCUAUUUUGGAGCAUUUUCCGAAGACAAAGCCAAAGAUGAUCAUUUUCUCCAUCUCGUGAAAGGAUAUGGUGAGCUUUCGGCAUUUAACGAGCUCUGCAACCUUCGCAGGUUAUGCAUCCACUCUGAGGUUGAGCAUUUCAAACAAUCCAAGUUGUUUUGUCCACGUGCCCGUUCUAUGUUAUUCAACGACCCUCGUAGGACACUGCACUGCCCAGAAGCAAUAAAAGAUGCCUCAUUUGUGAUCAGCAUCUUUAAACUUCUAAGAGUGUUGGAUCUGGAGAAAAUUAACUUGAGGUGCGAGUUUCCAAGUGAAAUAAGUUUGCUGGUUCAGUUGGCAUUCCUGGCAAUCAGAGGCAGAUUCAGAUGCAUCCCAUCAUCCAUAGCUAAGCUGUCAAAUUUGGAAACUCUUAUCGUGAAUCCUCAUAGAAACCUGAUUUCGUUGCCGGAUAGUCUCUGGAAUCUACAGAAAUUAAAGUAUCUUUGCAUAACUGAAUCGUUUGGUAUUGUGCCGAUCGAAAACAUUGACAUCUCACCCAUCUUAAGUGAGUUGGAUGUGUUUUUUGGUGCAGCUAUUCCACGCGAUUGCAGCUUGGAAAGGGCAAUGACAAAAUUUCCAAACAUCCGCAAAUUGAAAUGCCUUAUUGGCUACGAUGAAGAUGAGGAAUCAAAGUAUCCUCACACGGACAUUGUUCCUCACUUUUUGAGGCAACUUGAGUCACUUUUUUUGUUAGGAACUUCUCAUAAAGUGGUCAAGUUCAGUUUCCUUGAAAAUAUGAAAGAACUGAAGUUGGGACCCUGUAUUGUGUCUUGGGAGGAUAUGUCAACCAUUGGUAAACUCCCAAACCUUCAAGUCUUGACAUUAUCCGAUACAGAAUUGGAAGGCAAAACAUGGGAAAUGAAAGAAGGGGAGUUUACCCAACUUAGAGUUUUGAAGUUGGGAAGAGUUAAGCUUGUCAGGUGGAUAGCCGGCGAUGAUCAAUUUGAAUGUCUUCAGAAGUUGGUGUUGAGAGACUGUUUCGAUUUGGAAGAGAUGCCUAGUAAUUGUCUGGAGAACGUUCCCACACUUGAGACAAUUGAGGUCAUGUCCUCCAGCAAAGAUACCAUUGGGUUGUUUGGUGACGCCAAGAUUUUUGAAAUUAAAAAUUCAGAUGACGAGGGCUCUUCCAACAAGGUCACCAAAAAGAGGAAGCUGAGAAGUCUGGUGAAGGCGUCCGACGCAAGUGCCAAGGCUAAGAAGAAGAAGACUCCCAUCCUCGAGGGGGUAGAGAAGCAGGUCGAGGAGCCCGUCCCGAUCGAGGUGGACAAAGAAGAUGAUCCUUCGAAGGUUACCUCUCCAAUCGUUGAAGAGGUGGAGGCUCCAAUACUCGAGGACAAGGUACCCGAGGUGGUUCCAGUGACGGAGCGGCAUCCGGAGUGGUUCAAGCCUAUUGAAGCUACUCUCGAGAAGAAAAGCAUCGAGGACACCGACGGUUCCUCGACAUUCACUGCUGCCGCUGCCAUAUACCAUUUUGUGGACAAUAGGAUCGAGGGCCCCAUCAUUGAGGAAGUCGCCGAGGCUCUGACGGAGGAAGAGUCGCUGAAAAUGCUAACUACGGCGAUGGCUAGCAUUCUUAUGCGUGAGAAGACCUUGAAACGGGAUAUUCAGAGUCUUCAAGCUGAGAAAGGGGUCCUGGAACAAGAGAAGCAGUCGAGUGAAGCCUCAAGAAAGAGGGAGGAGGCUUUGAGACUUUCCAGAGAGCAGGAAUUGGCCAGUGUUCAGGCUAUGUAUAAGGAGCUUGAGGCCAAACUGUCCGAGUGCAGGGAGACUCAUGUUCCUCGAUCCGAGCUACCAGCCUGGAUAAUGCAUUUUUGGUCGAGGAUGAUGUCCAUGGAUGGGCUGGCAAGUAUUCUGGUGGGCAUUAGCAACGAGGCUAAGAUUCUCGGGGGACAUGGCGUAGCUGUUGCUGCCCUUGAAAGGAUGGAAAGCGGCAAGACCAUCAACGCCGGAUGGCUACAACAAUUUAUAAGGCCGCAUCCGAAGAAGACACUCCAUGAAGCUCUCAAGAAGGGAGUGCAGCGACUUUCCGACGGGCAACUUCCCUUAUUUGGGCCGCUGUGUAGCACCGUCCCAGAGAUGAAAUCCUCGAUGGAGAUUUCAUCCUUCGAGGGGGAGGUCCUCACAUUGCUUCCCGAUGACGCCGGGGAAGAGGUGCGUGUUCCAGAGUUAGCUCCCGACUUCAUCGGCGUCGAGGUGGAGUGGAAAGAGGACUCUUCGGAGGGACCCGUCGAGGAUGAUGGACAAAGCCGUCCCGAUCCGGAGGAAACGCCGGUCCCUCCUUCCGCCAAGGAGACCAACGAAAACCAACCGACACAGUCUCAGGGCCCAAAGGAAGAUUCAUAUUUUGUUCAUCAUUGUCACCUACUGAUUCUCGAGGAAGAGGAGAUUACGCAGUUUCCCUUAUACGCGAUGAUCUCCUCAAUUUUGAGGAAAUUUGGGGAUGUUCACAAUACAAGCAAGGUGAAGCUUCUCGAGAAAGAACUUUCAGAUGUUGUUAAAGCGCUGAAUCUACGGACACAUCAUCGCUUAGUACAACGCUUUAAGCGACAAGAGGAAGAGUGGAAGCGCCGACUUCAUUAG